AUGGCUCCGUGGGCCAGCCUCGUGACUGCCCCAGGCUCUAAUGCCAGUAGUGGACCGCCGGCUUCCUUCUACCUCACUGGGAUUCCCGGCUCUGAGAAUGUGCAGCCCUUCCUCUCCCUCCCCUUUUGUGUGCUCUACCUGACGGGCACCGUGGGCAACUGCACAAUCCUUCACAUCAUCCACACUGACCAGCGUCUGCACGAACCCAUGUACUACUUCCUGGCCAUGCUCGCCCUCACCGACCUGGGCAUGUCCAUCUCCACUCUGCCAACAGUGCUGAAAACCUUCUGGUUCGAUGCGAAGGAGAUCGAGAUAAACGCGUGUGUGGCCCAGAUGUAUUUCAUCCACACCUUUUCUCUGAUGGAAUCAGCCGUGCUCCUGGCCAUGGCCCUUGACCGCUACGUUGCCAUUUGCGAUCCUUUGAGGUAUUGCAGCAAGCUCACCCCCCGACGCAUUGUCUACAUAGGGGGCUUCAUUGUCAUCAGAUGCUCUCCUGUCCUCCCUGUUAUUCUUGUUCGCAUUCCCAGACUUUCCUUCUGUCACUCCCACGUCCUCUCCCACUCUUUCUGCUUACAUCAAGAUAUCAUCCGUUUGGCCUGUGCUGACAUCUCGUUCAACGUUCUGUUUGGCUUGUUUGUCGUGGUGUUUUAUUGGGGUGUAGACGCUCUAGGAAUUUUUUUAUCAUAUGCUUUCAUCUUCCGCUCUGUGCUACGCAUCGCAUCCAAGAGGGGGAAGCUCAAAGCCCUCAACACAUGUGCCUCUCAUAUUUGUGCUGUGCUUAUUCUCUACGUGCCAAUGAUAGGGUUAUCCCUGGUGCAUCGCUUUGCAAAACACUCUUCUCCCGUGAUUCACGUCACCAUGGCCAAUGUUUACCUGUUAGUUCCACCUGUGCUCAACCCAAUUAUUUACAGCAUCAAGACAAAGCAGAUUCGCCAGGGUUUCCUAAGGAUACUAUUCUCCAAAAGGGUUGGGCUUGCUCCCACUUAGAAGGCACGAGAUUCCCUGAUAUCUGGACCUUUGAAUUCAUGUUCUUCAUUCUGAAGAUAAUCAGGUUAGGAAUUCUUGCUCACAUUUGGUACAUAAUAAUUCCAUGAUAGUUGAUACAUUCUACAUGUCCCUCCAAAAAAAAAUUGCAUCUGUUUCUAUCAUUAUUUCCUAGCUUUAAAGCAUCUCAAAUUCCUUGUGUCAGAAGGUUUAGUAAGAGGGAAUUUCUUUCAUUCAAAUAUUUUAUGGCGAUAUUUUCACCUUCAGGUUUGAAGAGACGUCUGAUUGUCCA